GGAAGCCCAGAAAGUACAAAAAGGUGUAUAGUACAGUCCCCCUUUCCUCCUGGGCCUCCAGCUGCCCCGGCGCAGCCAUCUCCUUUAAAUGCUGAAGAAGAGUUGACGUACAGUAACCCUAUAUAUGUUACAGGUGCACAAAAUAGCGAGCCACAAUUUUUAAAGGUUAAACCCCACUUGUAGUUUUUAGAAAGCACCCGCUGCAUUCCCAGGCAGUGCAGCGUCUCCCUGCCACUCAUGUUCCACCUAACAGUGGGCGCCCCUUAGUCCCCGCCCCCUGCCGCUCCCCUCCCUCUCCCCGCUGGAAACACUGCUCUGUCUGCGUCUGCUUCUGUUUGUUAUGCUCACUCGUUUGCUGCAUUCUUAGAUUCCACCUAGAAGUGCUAUCAUACAGUGCUUGUCUCUCCCUGACUUACUCCACUGAGCAUACCGCCCUCCAAGUCCAUCCAUGUUGCUGCAACUGGCAGAAUUUCCUUCUUUGUCGUGGCUGAGUAGUGAGAACAGACAGCUUUGUUAAGGUCGUUCACAUUCCAUAGGGUUCACCCAUUUCAAGUGUGCAAUUUGGUAUUUUUAGUGUAUUUACAGAGUUGGGCAACCAUCACUACAAUCUAAUUUUAGUGUUUGCAUCACCCCACAAAGAACCCUUGUCCCCCCUGCCCCAGCCCUAGGCCACCACUAAUCUGCUGUCUGUUUCUGUAGAUCCGUCCAUCUUGGACACGUUAUAAAAAUGGAGUGUGCUGUUUGAUGACAGGCCUCUUCCACUCAGCACAAGGCUUCUGGGGCCCACCCACGUUGCAACGUGCGUCAGCCCCGCAGGCCGUCCUGGGGCCCAGCAAUACCCCACUUGAUGGAGAGGUCGCAUUUUGUUUGUCUGCUCAUCGGUUGGUGGACUUCGGGUUGUUUCGAAGCUCCACAGGGCCUGCAGCCGGGGGUGGCCAUGGCGCCCUGCCCUGAAGAGCAGUACUGGGACCCCCUCCUGAACGUCUGCCUCUCCUGCAAACCCACCUGCAGCCAUCAGGCUUCCCGCACCUGUGCAGCCUUCUGCAAUGCUCACUGUGUGGCCCCACAGACCCCUGCAGAGAGGAAUCUGACAGACCCUUCAGGGACACUAUCAUCCAAUGGGAGAAAUGACUACAUUUCAAGGCUGAAAGAGUCACUCAGUUGCCGCAAGGAACAAGGCAGAUACUACGACCAGCUCCUGAAGGACUGUAUCAGCUGCGCCUCCAUCUGCGGACGUCACCCCAAGCAGUGCACACACUUCUGUGAGAACAAGUUCAGGAGCCAAGUGAACCCCCCUCUAGAGCUCAGGAGACAGCGGAUCGGGGCGGCCUCGACCGGGGCGGAUAACCUGGGGAGGUACCAGGGAUCAGAGCACAGAGGCUCAGAUGCGGGUCCAGCGCCCGCGGGGCUGAAGCUGAGUGCGGACCAGCUGGCCCUGGUCUAUAGCACGCUUGGGCUCUGCCUCUGUGCCAUCCUGUGCUGCUUCCUCCUGGCCGUGGCCUGCUUCCUCAAGAGGAGGGGGGACCAGUUCUCCUGCCAGCCACCCCCAGCACCUUGUGGGACCCAGGCCAAAUCCGCCAAGGAUCACUGGAUGGAAGCUGGAAGCCCCACGGGAGCGCCGCCUGAGCCGGUGGAGACCUGCAGCUUCUGCUUCCCCGAGCGCAGGGCGCCCACCCAGGAGAGCACGGGCGCACCCGGGACGCCCGGCCCCGAGUGCGUGGGGAGUUGGGCGCGCUGCAGCCGGAGCGCAGCCGGACAGCCCUGUGUGCACACCGCCGAUGGUGGCCUCGGGGUCGUGUGCGCGCCUGCGCAGGAAGGAGGCCUGGCCACGUGAACAUGGGGGCAAUGGUGAGGGGGGAGACAGAGGGGAAGGAUGGGGGAGCCCUGAGGGAGAGGAGUGCAAGGCGCUGGCCACGUCUUCACCUCAGGUCUCCACUGCAGGUCACCGUCACGACGCACCUGCAAGGAAGGCGCCCACGCAUGCCGGACUCAGCCCCCAGGACUCUCUCGUAGAAAUAAAACCUCCCACGCUGCCUCCCCCGCA